AUGCGUGCGCGAUUCCCCGCCAUACUCUGUAUGACGACAUCAUCGCUCCUCGAAUCGAGGCGUCCAGGCGGCCGCUUUCACGAAUUGCUCGCAAGCAGCAAGAUCAUCAUCGGGGACGAGGCUUCGAUCCCGGAGCCGGCUUUCGUAGCUAUGGUCUCGCGAUUACGAGGUGCUCGUCACAUCUCCACUAGCAACGCACACCAGUUGACAACUCACCUUUGCAGUCCCGCUCCGUCACGGCUUGGAGCAAGAGCCAUCGUUACCCACUACAAGGACCAGCAGCGCCUUAUGGAACAAGAAGCCCGUCGAUUGGUAGUUGCCUUGCACACCGCCGGCGCGGUCCGAGGCCGUGAAAUGGAUAUUGUUACCUCACGUCACGUUCCGAUGUAUACGCUUCGACAGGAGAAUUUUCAAAUGAUAGGGGGCGCCUCAACGUCGCAAUUACGCGCUGCCGCCAUGGUGAAUUUAAACUAUGCAAUUUGCGGACUCUCGAACUGA